AUGUGUUGGACGAAUCAUGUCCAAGCACCCAACAGCUUGAGGAAGGAGCCAAUGGGAUGGAGCCACUCGUUCCAGGAAGAUAGGAUCAAGGAAGUGAUGAUCAUCUUCAAUGGACCAAUCAGGUUCAGCUACCUAGCAGCUUGGAAAAUGGACCAAUGGAAAAGUGCCAUUCAAGCUAAGUGGAUAAUGAUGGAUGGAGUUGCUACAGCCCGGGAUGUGACCAUCUGGGAGACAGAACUCGUUUGGGUUGUGAACCGUGGAAACGGCGAUCCAACGGGAUGUGACUGUCUGGGAGAUGGAACUCGGGUAGUGAUGUUCUAUCUCGCGUGCCUGUGUGGCUGUGAGAUAGCUUUGUCCGGGCUAACACAACUCUCGGCUUUGGUACGGGUUGAAAAGCCUUCGGCCGUGGCCGAGAGGGUCGAGCUCGCGGGACGGGCUGACCUGGGCUGUGUUGUGUUCUUCGCCCGGGAUGGCCUAUCCAGCAAACCUCGAUCUGAUAGAGGAGAUGGUAGAAGUCUUCAUGGACGAUUUCUCAGUCUAUGGAGCAUCCUUCUCCUCAUGUUUGUCAAACUUGUGCAGGGUGUUGCAGAGGAGUUUUCUGGGUCAUGCAGGGUUCUACAGGAGAUUCAUCAAGGAUUUCUCAAAGAUAGCAAGACCCUUGACAAGGCUUCUGUGCAAGAGACAGAUUUUGAGUUUGAUGAAGAAUGCCACAAGUCUUGGACCUUGCUGAAGGAUGCUCUGGUAUCUGCCCCAAUAGUUCAAGCUCCAAACUGGGAUCACCCAUUUGAGAUUAUGUGUGAUGCAUCUGACUAUGCAGUAGGAGCAGUGCUUGGCCAAAAGAUAGACAAGAAACUCAAUGUCAUCUACUAUGCAAGCAAGACUAUGGAUGAUGCUCAAUGCAAGUAUGCAACCACAGAGAAGGAGCUCCUUGCCAUAGUCUUUGCCUUUGAGAAGUUUCGAAGCUAUAUAGUUGGAUCCAAGGUGAUUGUGCACACUGACCAUGCUGCCCUUAGGCACAUCUUUGCUAAGAAAGAUACAAAGCCAAGACUUCUCAGAUGGAUCCUUUUGCUUCAAGAGUUUGACAUAGAAGUUGUGGACAAAAAGGGAGUGGAGAAUGGAGUUGCUGAUCAUCUCUCUAGGAUGCGAGUUGAAGACAUAGUCCCCAUCAAUGAUCUAUGCCUGAAGAACAGCUUAUGGCAAUCAUGA